UUUGGAGUUACGACUUAAAGCGUGUGACAAUGUGAAAUCGGUAAUUGUAUGAAAUGUUUCCUUCCGCCUUGCUUCCCUCAGCUUCCAAAAUACAGGUCCAGACAAUCAUCUAAGAUCGCAAUUUUCAAUCGAUCGAAGCCAGUGUUUUGGAGGUCAUCAAGUCUUGAAAUCUGCAACACUUAACGUCGCUCUUAUAAACAUAAAGCAUUCCAGAAAGUAAAACACAAACUGGGUUUAAUAGAACCACACCUUGACAAAAUAUAUUCUUGCUAAGGAAAAAUGUAAACAGGCUAUAAACACGCGUGGGAAUCUUGUGUUUGGGUGACGAAAUUACCAUCCAAAGCGGUCCUUGAGUUUUCUUUCCUGCUUUUCGUUUGCCUGCUCCUCUACUUCGUAUCUAGCCUUUCAUUUUUACAGUGCUGUACGUGGUACCAUAAACACCCAGACAGUUUUUUGACAUUUUUUUGACAUAUUUUUGACGAGUUUGAUGCUUGGUAAUUGGCAACUGGCCAAUCAGGGAGCAGAUAAUCUUGUAAGGCGGAGUAGAUCUCCCAAUGUGACAUCCAUUACAAAAAACAUGGCAACGUACCACGUGAAGGUGAAGUACUGGGAGGAAAGAUUUAGUACUUUCUUGAUCAAGGAUAUCUCCUUUGCUAAGCUUAUGCAGGCGAUAAAGCAAAACUGUUCACCACUUGCACACUUACCCGCUUCAAACAUUCGUGUAAGAUAUCGUGACGAAGACGGCGAUAUCAUCAAUCUGUCGGAAGAUCCAGAUGAUUUUGCUUUCGGCAAGAUGCUAAGGAGUGCAAAAGAAGUCAAGGAUCGGGACUAUGGAAAGAUUUUUCUUCAGGCAAGCGAAGUAGAUUUGCCGCUGCCAAGAAAACUGAGACGAAUGGACGCGGAAAUGCCGAGUUCUUCAGCUUCUAACGAAUUCAAGUCGCUGCAACCAAAGCAUUUGUCUUUCACACCAAAACCUGGCGCGCAUCUCGCAACUACAGCAGCUCCAAAAAAUGCUGAGAAAAGUCCUUUGGACUGCCAGCGACAGGAAAUGGAAGAAAAUCUUAAGGUGUUGAAAGUACAAGUUACUAGUGCCAAAGAAGAAUUGGAGAAACUGAACAGUGAAUCCAGACACUUUCAGUCGCUCAGUUGUAUUCGAGCUCGACUCUGUAACAACUGUCAUUGCCGUGGUCACACAAAAGUAAAAUGCUCAAAACCUCCUUGCACGGACAUCAGUGUGUGUAAAAUAAUAGAAAAGCAUCCCGAACACAAAACGAAAAUUAGCCAACUUCAGCGUGAAAUUAGAUUUCUGGAAAACAAGGCACAAGAAGAGGAAACCCAUCUCAAAAGUUUCACGGCCGCAAGUGAGCGCGCAAAAUCUUCGUUUUUCUUUGUUACGAGACCUAGAUUGAAGGCACAAAACCAAGUAAAGUAUGCGAACAGAAGCCGGCUGGAUAGGGAUCUGAUAAUUUUACAAAGAGCGCUCAAAAAGGUUCCCGACUGGUGUGAAGACGAAGACUGGAGACUUCCGAUGAUUAUUGAUCAAUAUGAGAACUCAAAUGUAAACAUCUAUUUAUAAAUGGAGCGUAUCACCACACUCACAGGAUAGAAGGCAUCUUAUUUCUCUUCUUGUAAUGUUAUGUUUUUAGAAUUGAAUUAUAUUCCUCGUGUUGUUUUUCUCGAGUAAAAUUAAGGUAAACUAAAGUGAACUCAACAGUUCCUGCACACUGAUUUAUUUGAACCUGGGGAAUAUUUAUCAAGGUCAAAUAACAAAUAACUCGGCUUGAUAGCGUUGCUAAUUUCAGAUUCUCCUUCGUUUGUUGAUUUUUCUGGAAAUGUUCUACUGUUGUAGUUAUUAGCUAAACAAACCUUCGUUUACAUUCCGCUCUUGUAGUUGUACCUCUUGCGUUACUAUGUCUGUGAUAUGUAUUUUGCAACUCAACAAUGUCAACAAACAGCAAACUUUGUAAAUAUGAUAUGUUGUGUUCAGAGAUAUCAUGUAACAUUUUUCUUAGUUGAGUUUUCUG